AUGGCUAGCCAAAGAAAGUCGCACAUUUUUCGAGUGACAGGCCUAUCGAGGGAACGGCCCGAUGGGGAUCUCAAGACCGCAUUACAAGAGGUACUCGACGACAACUUUACCCACGACGAGAGAUCGCAGAUCAAGGCCGAGAUCACAAUCGUGCCUUCAUGCUAUGAAACUGACACACAGCGGGUGGCGCUAGUGCAGUUUCGCGGUAGGGUGCCUCAGUUCCUCGGUGAGCUAAGACUCGACCCUCUUGGCAACUGGCAGGUUGAGAUAGGAGACAAUGACAUCAACUUUAACUACCACUUCUUCGGAUUCACGCAGCUCUACGCGCCGGACGCCAGUGAGCCAGUGGUUGCCGACAUCAUUGCGAUUGCCGGACUUGAUGGACAUACGUAUGGAUCGUGGCAGGGCAGGGGAAAUCUCGGUCGGAUGUAG